AUGGAACUUCAUAGAACAUUUGGAAUAAUAGUUUAUGGUGGUGCAGUAGUAGAGUGCCCUAACUUCCAACAUGGUAGUGUCGCCGUUAUUGAUGAUAAAGAUAUUGGGAACAACAAAAUCAUCAACGAUCAAACGAAAGAUUUGAAAAAGGAAGUUGUACAAGUCAUAUUGAAUAUAGAUUUGACUGUAAAUGAAGAGACACAAAAGACUAAAAAGUUAGGGGAAUUGGUCGAAGCCCUACAGAAGAUUUCAAAUACUGGAAAAGACACAGAUAAUGUUCACAGAGAAAAGAAGAUAGAUGUUGAACAAAAGGUAGAUCUUAUUCCAACGAAUCAAGAAACAAACACUUAUGAAAGCCAUAUACCUUUGUCUAGAUAA